AGCACCAAGCAGUCUUUUCCGUUGCCUCUCUCUCUCUCUCUCUCUCUCUCUCUCUCUUCUGUACUGUGCUUCUGAAGCUCUUUCUGAUCUGUUUCUCUCUCCAUCUUUACUUCGAGCAGCUUAAAAAAAAGAAGGUUUUUCUCUUGGAGGGCAUGAAACAUUGACAGUACACAUCAGCUGGCUGUAACUGAGAAAGAGGAGAAGGGUUUGAACAAGAACCCCCCCAAAUUCAAGAAAAGUUCUCCUCAGUGAAAAAAGCUUCAAAAUUGUUGACAGAGAGUACCAAAAGUUGCGCAGAUUCUGAAAUGGGUCUUUGAUCAUCUUUGGUGAGGCAAUUAGGCAGUUGGGCAAUUAGGAUUUGGAGGUCUCCAGUUUUGCUGUCUCAAUUUUCAUAGGUCUUCAGUUGUUCAAAGAUAACUGUAAGAUAUUGUAUCUGUUAUUGGCUAUUCUUGUUGAAAAGAAAUGGAUGUUGAGGGUAAUGAUGAAUUUGAGCAAGAAAAGGGGGAUGAAGAUCUCAUGAGCUACCAUUCACCCAAUGUAUCAUCGGACUGGCGAUUUGGUGGGCCGAAUCUCACAAACCCAUUGAUGGGAUCGAUUCCUACGGCGAAACCCAUGACAGUUUGUAGUAAAGGAGGUCUAAUGGAGUCUUCUUCCUCUUCCUCUGCCCCCUUAAUGGACUCAUUUUGCCACACGGUUUGGGACCACCCCACCAGUACUUCCCAAAACCUGGGCUUCUGUGACAUUAAUUUGCAAAACAGUGCAACCACCUCAAACAACACACUGGGUAUUAGAAAAGGUCCUCUUGCCCCAUUGAGUGUUGAUAGAACAGUUGAUAUAGGUUGGGCUCCACCAAAUCCAAUGGUGAAAGGAGGGGGUGUGUUUUUACCAAAUGCUCAUGGAAUGCUUCUUCCUCAGAGCUUAUCCCAGUUCCCAGCAGAUUCCGGGUUCAUAGAGCGAGCCGCAAGGUUUUCGUGCUUCGGUAGGGGCAAUUUCAGCAAUAUGGUCAACUCUUUUAGUGUAUCUGAAUCUAUGAACCCUUUUGCUAGGAGUGGACCGGUGAUGAUGCAGCAAGCACAAGAGGUAUUUGGAGGAAAUGGGUUGAAUUCGGAUGUGAAGAUGAAUGAAGCUUCAAGGGGUGUUUCUUUGUCUGCUGAACAAGGGGCUCCUACUGAAGGGAGCCCACUGAAAAAUGAGAGAAGGAGCAAUAGCUUUGGUAUGUCUGCUAAUGGGUCGGAUGAGGCCGAAAAUAGUGGUGGUGAUGGUCAAGAUAAUCCAUCUUCUUCUCAACCAAUUGUAUUGAAUAAAAGGAAAAGAGGUGGUGGUGGUCAGGAUAAUGAACUUGGUCAAAAUGACGCCUUACAACCAACUGGUGAAGCUACGAACGAUAAUACUGAGAUUGAACCAAAGGGAGAUCUAACCCCAACUUCAACUAGCAAUAAGCCUAGUGGAAAGCAUGGUAAACAGGGGCCUCAACCUUCAGAUUCGCAGAAGGAGGAGUACAUACAUAUUAGAGCUCGAAGAGGCCAGGCAACAAACAGCCACAGUCUUGCAGAAAGAGUUAGAAGGGAAAAGAUCAGUGAAAGGAUGAAGUUUCUUCAGGACCUUGUACCUGGGUGCAGCAAGGUCACUGGCAAGGCAGUUAUGCUUGACGAAAUCAUUAACUAUGUGCAAUCACUGCAAAGACAAGUUGAGUUUCUCUCAAUGAAGCUUGCAACUGUUAAUCCACGCCUGGACUUUAAUCUAGAAGGGCUCCUCACAAAAGAGAUCCUUCAGUCGCGAGCUGGCCCUUCAUCUACGUUAGGGUAUUCCCACGAUAUGACCCAUAUGACUAUGCCUUUUGCUCCAUUGCAUCCUUCUCAACCUGGUGUCCCUGUUAUGGCGAACUCUUCAGAUGCACUUCGGAGAUCCAUUAAUACCCAAUUGGCUGCCAUGAGUGAAGGAUACAAGGAGCCUAGUUCUCAGGUACCCAAUAUGUGGGGGGAGGACGAGCUUCACAAUGUUGUACAGAUGGGCUUCAAUUCUAGUGCUCCCCUUGACAGCCAAGAGUUAAAUGGUAUGACAGAUUAGUUUUUCCCACUAUAAGCCUCUUCACAGAAGCAGUCCAACAGCUAUAGGGUCAUUGCUGGGGCUUGGGUGGUCAACUGUGACACGGCAAAUUUGUAUCUGAUGCUGCGCCAGUGUCCGUCAUUCGAAAAUCCUGUAGUGAAUUUAAUAUACUGCUCUGCCAGAAAAGCUAAAAUUUGCGACUACCGCAAUGGAAUUGUUUUGUCGACAAGAGAAAAUAUGGAUCAAAGUCGUAUUACUUGACAAAACCAAGAUGCAUGCGUGUUGUAAAGGAUUCUGAAAUGAAGGACUUGGUUUUGUUCUUAAAUUUACUUUCGGCUGGCUUGGGCUUCAAAGGAGGUUGAAGUUCAAGCCAUAGAGCUGUACUUGUUGAAUUUAAGGUGGAAGAAGUUUGAAGCUAUGUAUGUUAACUAUACAUGUUGACCAAUGAAGAUGAAAUGCUAUUCCUGUUAAAUUCACUA